CUGCUGCUGCCUUGCCCAGCUGGAGCUGUGACCCCAGCUUCCUGAGGCCCAUAGAGGUGGGUGGGAGGGGAUGCUGCUUCCUAGCCUCCAACCCUGGGGCCUCCCUGGGGCCGGGGAAUGAGACUGGGAGACCCAGGAGUCUCGGCUUUUUACCUUGAGGUGACAGCACGUGGAGAAGCAGCAGGAGAUGCUGGGCCACAAAUGGGGCCGGUCUUUCCUGAUUGUGUUGACUUAGUUUCCCUGAAGAGAUGCAGCUUGAGGGAGAUUCUGGGUGACCGAGUUUCUCGGGGGCAGGGACAGGAGCAAGACCUGGACCGUGGGCAUGUCUGGUCCUCUUUCCCAGUCCUGAUGUAGCUCUUGGGCUGGCAGGGCCUUCUGAGUCCCUGUUCUAACAGGCUUGGGGGCACCACAGCAGUCUCAAGGUGGAUCCCCUGCCGACUUGCCCUGCGGGGGUGUGGGUGGUCUCUGUGGGAAUGGGAGCUAGGAGUUACAGUGUCCAAUUCGUGGAGGGGGCGGGACGCAGUGCAGUCCCGGCCCCUCCCUGGAGCAGGGUUUCAAAUACUCACGGAGCUGGGGCGCCAGAGCUGCUGCUAGACCAAGCUCUUGCAGUCUGUCCUGUGCUGCAGACACACCCCCAGCUGGGACCUCUGACUUCUACUGGGACCCAGAUCCUAAGCCUCUGACACAGCCAAUCCACAUCCCUCAGCCCGCCAGCUUUGCGCCAUGGGCAGGCCCCUGGCCUUAUUGGCUGCGCUCUGGGCGCUAGGGGCUGCAGGAGACGCGGCGCUGCGCAUCGGAGCUUUCAACAUCCGGAGCUUCGGCGACAGCAAAGUGUCAGACCCGGCCUGCAGCGGCAUCAUCGCGCAAAUCCUGGCUGGCUAUGACAUCACGCUGGUGCAGGAGGUGCGGGACUCCGACCUGAGCGCCGUAUCCGCGCUAAUGGAGCUGAUCAACAGGUAUGGCGGGCAGGGCCCAACGUGGGCCCAGGUCUCCGAGCGAUGCCUUGACCCCGGGCUUGGCCGGUGUCUCCGCAGCGUGUCCAGGCACGAGUACAGCUUCGUGAGCAGUAAGCCCCUGGGUCGGGACCAGUAUAAGGAAACGUACCUGUUCGUCUACAGGAAGGACACGGUGUCGGUCGUGGACACGUACCAGUACCUGGACCCGGAGGACGCCUUCAGUCGUGAACCUUUCGUGGUCAAGUUCUCGGCACCCGGGUCAGCUGCCGAGGAGUUAGUGUUGAUUCCGCUGCACGCGGCACCGCACCAAGCUGUAGCCGAGAUCGACGCGCUCUACGAUGUGUACCUGGACGUGAUAGACAAGUGGGGCACCUACGUAAGCCCCUAUGUCCGUGCGGCUCCGCCCUGCCCCACGGCCCAGGGUCCCGGAGGACAUGCUGUUUCUGGGCGACUUCAACGACGACUGCAGCUACGUGCAGGCUCAGGACUGGCCGGCCAUCCGCCUGCGCAGCAGCGAGGUCUUCAAGUGGCUCAUCCCGGACAGCGCCGACACCACGGUGGGCAAGUCAGACUGUGCUUACGACCGCAUCGUGGUCUGUGGUGCCCGCCUGCGCAGCAGUCUGAAGCCCCAGUCGGCCGCCGUAUACGACUUCCAGGAGGAAUUUGGCCUGUACCAGGCUCAGGCGAGUGCUGGGCCCAGUAGGAGCAAGGCCCAACCUCAGUACACCUGGCGCUCCCCUCCCUGCACUGUUUCUAGAAAUGGCCCUUAGAGGUUCAGUUCUGGCUGAAUGGAACAAAUCUGGGAUGGCAGUACAGGAAGCUCUUUACCUCCCCAGAGUGGGGUCCCGAGGCCAUGCUCCCACCGAACCCGCACAGCUGGGAUGGAUAGCCCAGGCCUCGCUGGUCUGUUCCCCCACCCCCAGAUGCAGUGGUUUGUGGACACCCAGUGGGCCCCUUCCUGGGGGGAGAUGGGGCAGUUUUCUGGGGGUGGAGCCUGAUGGAGGACUGGCUGCUCAGCAGGGCCUCAGAGUUGGUCCCUUCUCCCUUCAGGCCCUGGCCAUCAGUGACCAUUUUCCUGUGGAGGUGACCCUCAAGUCCUACUGACAGCCCUGAACCCUGGCCAGGGCAGGCUGCCUGCAGACUCUGGCCACAAGGAGGAAGCCCCACAGGGCUGCAGGGUAGGGUCAGCUGGGCCUGGACAAGUGAUGGGACUACUUCGAGCCUGUUUCCCCAUCGUGAAAUGGGCCGCCACCACUACCUCAUAAAGUUGUGAGAAGCACCUCGUAGAGCACUGGGCAUACAGCUGAGCUCAAUAAACAGCGAACCCUCAGCCAGGACCACACACACGUGUUGGCUCCGAAGCCUUCAUGUCCUUUCUUAGGACUCAGCUCUUCUGGGGCACAAACCUUCGUCUUGCAGCCAAGCAGGUCCCCGGUCCCAACCCAUUUAGGGGACAGGGACAGCCUGGCCUGCCCAUUCCACAUCCUGCUGGGAACUGACCACCUCCAGAGCAGGCUGGCUCCAGAAGGCAGCUCCUGUGCUCACUGGCUGAAGCUCCCUGCUCGCUCUUUGUGCAAACUAAAUGCUUUCAAGCACCUGUACUGAGUGCAGCUGGGGUAAGUGCUCACACAGGGUGUAGGGUGGAUGUGUGAGGCCAACCUCCCAGUCUUCAGUGUUCCUCCUAUGGCCCCGGUCCCCAGGCCUGCAGGCCACUCACAGGCACUUGUGUAUGAGGGUCCUUUCCUACCCAGCACUGCAGUUGGCAGGCGGGAGGUCAAGAAGGCUGGCCCCCUGCAACCAGCCGGCUGGCGGUGCUGGGACAUGUGGAGAGCCUCCUCAGUGGUGAGCAGGCAGGUUGGGUUAAGGUCCUGUCCACAGAACCUGAACAGCUCACAGUGGUUACAGCCCCUUCAAAGGUGCCUUCCUGGUAGCUUCUUCCUCAGGAGCCCUGGGCUGGGCAAGGACUCAGCAGGGAGGACAGUGGCCUGCACCCUGAGUAAACCCAUCACCUGAGGAUUGGGAACAAGUAGACUGGGGUACACAGUGUAAAUGACAGGGGCCUGAUGAGGUUUCUGGUUUUCGAAGCGUCUCACCUUCGGCAGGAUUUAACUGGCCUGAAUUGUAUGGGAGAGAAAAACCUUUGUUUCAAGAAUCUGAACAAGCUUUUCUUGUUAGAUCUUUCUAAAGUCAGAUUUAGGACACCUGUGAUGUAAAAUGCCUCCCUCCUCCCUCUCCAAGUCACCCAAUUUCUCUGAAAUUUAUACAGGCUUUCCAUCCAAACAAAAAACCAUGGCAGCCCAAGGGCUUUUCCCUUUUCCUUUUCUUGUGUGGCUUGCCAGGGCCCACAACUACCUGGCCUUAUGCCUCCAGCAGUCAGGCAUCCCACCAGCCAGGGAUGGGAAACUCAAGGGCUUUAUUCUGCUCUGGGAGAGGAGACACUCAACAGUGACAUCGCUGAGGUCCAGAAGGGUGCCAUCUACCACUUUAUGAUUCCCAAAUCAAGACACUGCUUGCCAGCUGUGCCCAUCUGCCCACCCGCCAGGCACAAAGGGUACUCGUGAGUGGUAACAGGCCUUAGGACUAUGGCUACAAGGAACAGGCCUUUUAGGGAGAUGAGCAAAACAAAGAGCUAAAAGUACGUUUAAAUUGGAAAACACCUUCUUUAAAUCCCUUGGAACCAUAGGGCCCCCAGAAGGGUGCAAACGGCUAAAACCCCUGCAUGGCAGCCCAGCCCUUAGCCUUUCUUUUGUUUGAGCUUUUCUAAGUACAUCUGCAGGGACUUCUGGAUGGAGUCUCUGGAGAUGAAACUGACAAAGUUCUGGAUGUCCGUGUCGCGCUGCUUCACCAGGCGAUCUACCGUGGUCUUUCGCAUCAUGUUCUUGGUCAGCUGUCGAGCGUGAUCUAAAGAAGAUGGGUCCCACCUGUGAAAACCCAUGCUCUUCUCUGGGACAGUGGUAUUCCCAAGCUUUCCAAGGGAGUUCCAACUGAAACUCCGGUAGAAAACUUAGAAAAUUCAAAUGAGCAAAGAGAAGAAAAUGAAAGCCACCUGUUCCCUACUGUCCAUCGAUUUCCUUUAAAAUCAUACAGGAUGAUAUUGUGAAAGUUGCCUUUUUAACCUGUUAUUUUCCCUCAACUAUAUUGUCGGCAAUAUUUUCCAUGUCACUACAUACUCUUUUACAACAUAAUUAAUGGCUGCACGGUAUUCAGGCAUUUGUCUGUGUCAGGCAUCGGCAAACCUGGCCCCCCAGAGCUCAAGAGCCAAGAAUGGUAUUUACAUUUUUAUAUAGAUGGAAAAAAUUUUAAAAGGGUAAUAUUUUGUGAUACGUGAAAAUUACAUGAAAUUCAGAAUUCG